UCGCUUAGAGGUUGUCUUAUUGAAAAGUUUAAACAACAUUUUUGGUGAAAAAUUGUGGCAAAUACAUAAAAGAAUUUUUUCUUUCACUUGCUAAAUAUUUUAAUUUCAUGCCACUAAAUACUCAAUCAUCUGUAAUUUAGUAUUCUUUUUUUUGGGUCACCUCUAUAUUAAAUUAAGGAGUUAUCUAGUUAAGUAAUAGUGUUUUUUUAUCACGAUAUUGUUUGGAACGUGGUUGCAAUAGCAUACAAAAAAAGCAAUAGGGGAAUUGUGUUUGCAGAGAAAUAUAAGAAAUGGCUGUGCCUCCGUUUACGCUAAAUCUUUCUCCAUUAUCGGAUUCACUACUUGAGCUAUCACGAGUAGAACUAAGAGAAACUCCAGAGAUUCGUGAGAAAUCCAUUCGAGAACUCCGUCAACUUUUGCACGAAGCAACGGAUCUCCACUACAGAGAUGAUGAUGAUUUCUUAUUAAUUUUCCUAAGACCCUGCCACUUCUACCCGGAGAGUGCGUUAAAAAUGAUGCGUCGAAUUGCGGAGUUUAAGAAAACUCACAAUGCUAUGUUGAAGCACGUGAUGCCUGAAGAUGAGAGAUCAGCUUUUGAGGAUCACAAUAUUGUUAACGUGUUGACUAAUUUAGAUCACAAGGGUCGCCGUGUCCUAAUUGUUAAUUGCGGAGCUCCAUGGGAUCCAAAGAUCGUCAACUCGGAUAAACUGUUUAGGAUAUUCUAUUUAGUGCAUUUGGCAGCCCAGCUAGAAUUAGCCACGCAAAUUCGUGGUGUUGUCGUCAUCAUGGACUUUGAAGGACUUUCAAUGAAACAAAUAAAAGCUCUGUCUCCGGCUUUCUCAAAGAGACUCCUAACAUUUAUUCAAGAAGCAAUGCCACUACGACUAAAGGAAGUGCACAUCAUUAAGCAGCCGUACCUCUUUAAAAUGGUAUGGACCUUCUUCAAGCCAUUCAUUCAGGAGAAACUUGGAAAACGCAUGCACUUUCACGGUAACGAUAUGAAAUCACUUCAUAAAUUCAUGGAUCCUGACUACUUGCCAGCAAACUAUGGUGGGAAUUUGCCUGCAAUUAAUUAUUGCGGAAAGGACUGGUUCCCAUGUAUUUUGGAUCAUAUUGAUCAUAUUGAAAAAUGGAAUUCCUAUGGAUACGCCAAUGCUAUCCCUUGAAACUUUCAAAGUGCUUAGGACAAUUUCAUGAUUUUUUUUAAUUAAACCACAACGAUCAGGGACAAAUAUUAUAUUAUAACAUAUUUUAUUAUAAAUUAUUUAACGAAUAUACAUAGGGGAACGUGGCCUAAUUCCGACCUCAAAAGGUCUGCGCCGAAUGAGAAAAAAAUGGAAAAAUAUAAAAAGCAAUAUUCUUAAAUUUGGUACCAUUUUAAAGCCCUUUUAACUCCCAUAACUUUCUACGUUUAGAGUUUUAUCAGUUUUAAGUAAUAGCGGAUUGAAAAAGGCCUUAAUAGGUCCGAAUUGGGCCACGUUCCCCAACUAUAUACACAAUAAUGAAUUUAGAUUAAUUCAUUAAACACACCCAAUUUUUUUAAUGUUAAAAAGGGAAUUUAUGAGAGUUGUAAGAGAUGAUGCGCAAUUAUUUGAUUGUAAUAAGAAAAGAAUAAAAAUGAAUACACAUUA